AUGACGCUGCCACAACCACUUCCUCGGGUCUUGACCACCGAGGAAAUUGUUCCAACGAUGAAAAAAAUCAUCGAAAAGUACAAUACCACUCGCGCUCAAAUUCUUCGAGAUGUUACCCCUGCCACUGCAACAUUCGAUAAUGUCAUGCUGCCAAUAGCUCAGAUCGAGAAUGCCGUUCAAGGAGACUCGGAGUUAGGGAUGAUUUAUAUGCUGCAAUAUGGGUCACCGUCCCUUUCAACCCAAGGUGCAGUUAGCGAGGCUCAGAAAUUGUACACUGAAGCCUCUGCGGGGUGGACUUUAGAUGAGAACCUUUUCAAGCUCAUCCAAGCAGCACGAGAAAAGCCUGAAUUUCAGACAUUAGAUUUGGAAUCACAACACUUACUGGAUAAGGAGCUUCUCGAGUAUAAGCACAAAGGAUGUGGUAUCCUACAACAAUCGCAAUCAGAGAAAGAUGCGUAUUACAAGACUCUCAUGAAGAUUGAAAGUCUGAAAAAGGAGUUCCAGCGGAAUAUAGCCAGGGAGUCUGGAGGCGUGAGCUUUACACUGGCCGAGCUGGAUGGAGUUCCAGAAAACGAGUUGGCGAAGUGGAAAGAUGAGCCAAAGAAAGAGGAAGGAUCCGAUGAAGACCAAGAGUUGAGUUCAGAGAAGAGGAAGUUUGUUCCUUUCGCAAACGGAGGAAACAUCGCUGUAUUAACAUAUGCGCACUCUUCUGAAACUCGGAAGACAAUGUUCCUGGCAGACGGUCAGAAGCUUCAGCAAAACAAGCCUCUGUUUGAAGAGAUUGUCAAGCUUCGUGCGCAGCAGGUCCGUAUUUUGAAGUAUGAUACUCAUGCCGAGUUCAGAAUAGAGAAGCGGACUGCACCGAGCACGGAUUCUGUGAAGCAAUUUUUGGACCAGAUACAGCCACCGCUUCAUGUUCUUGGUCAAGAUGAGAUUGCAGUUAUGCAGUCUCGACGACUGAAAGAUCUACACGAGAGAGGAAAAGAUAGUGAGAGUCUAAUGAAUAAAGGAUUUCCUCCUUGGGAUAAGCGAUACUAUGAGCGACUGUUGCAAGAAGAACUUGACAUUGAUCAACUGAAAAUCUCAGAAUUCUUCCCCUUGCAGAGCACUGCGGUUAAAAUGCUGGGGAUUUUUGCUUCUUUUCUGGGUCUUCGAUUCGAUUCUGUUCCAGCAGAAAUGCUCAAAGAUAAACUCUGGCAUGGAACAGUCCAGGUUUUCUCGGUUUGGGACACGAGAAACCAGGAAUUCAUUGGAUACCUCUACUUUGAUUUGUUAUGGAGAGAGAACAAAUAUCGGGGUAACCAAUGUGUCAAUAUUCAAUGUGGUCAUUUACGAGCAGAUGGAAGCAGACAAUACCCAUCGACAAUUCUGAUGUGUUCAUUUCCGACUCCAACACCCACAAGCUGUGCCUUGCUCAAGCAUUGCCAGGUCGUGACUUUAUUUCAUGAAAUGGGCCAUGGCAUCCACGACCUCCUAGCCCAAACCAAAUACGUUCGCUUCCAUGGCUACAGGCUACCCCCUGAUUUUGGCGAGAUGCCCAGCGUCAUGCUAGAGAACUGGUGCUGGAUUAAGGAUAUUCUCAAAGAGCUGAGCUGUCACUACACUACACUUGAUGAGAACUAUCUCGCAGAUUGGCGGACGCACCACCCCGCUGAGCCAGAUCCACCGAAGACCAUUCCUGAUGAGUUGGUCGACAAUGUCAUCAAGCAUCGAUAUUUCAAUGCGGGACUCUACUAUCUGGACCAAGUGUCGAUUUCGGUCUUCGAUCUUCAAGUGCAUUCACUAAGAACAGAUGAGGAGAUCGCGAAUCUCGACGUGCGGAAGAUUUGGUAUGAUGUCCGUGAAAGUAUCGAAGGUAUGGAUUUCUCGGAGUGCCGGGAUGGAUAUGACUUUGGGACUUUUACCCAUCUAACGGCUGGUUAUGAUGUUUGUUACUAUGCCUACCUUUAUUGCACAGCAAUGGCUCAAGACUUGUUUACCUCGGUAUUCGCAAGUGAUCCAUAUAACAAAGAUAAGUGGAGGAAAUACCGACAUGGAGUUUUGGAGUACGGAGGGAGUCAAAAAGAUUUACUGGGCAUGUUGGAAAAUUUCUUAGGACAUCCACCAAACAUGAGAGCACUGGUUGAGGGGUUGACAGAAGCAAAGGCCAGGAUCACACCUGAAGAUGUCAGUGAAGAUAUCAGUGUGCCAGUCUGA